GCGACUAGGAGACGGAAGUCGUGGCGUGACGUCACCAGGGAACGGCUGUCUGUGGCGGAGCGUGAGGUUCAGCUCAGCCGCCUCCUCCGUGCGGGCGCUUCUGGCUGCUGCUCUGCUAUUGCUGCUUUGCUACUGCUGCUCUGCUGCUACUGCUGCUGCUGGCGCCGCUGGAAUCUCAGUGGAGCUUCUGCAGAAACGCCGUCCUCUACCCCUAAGCUGUCCCGGGACCGGGUGCUGGCGCCAUUGGGUUCCCAGGGUUCGGGCGCUGCAGCUGACUGGACCUCAAAAGGGGUUCCUACUGGACCCCCACGGAGGGCCGGGGUUCCCUCUCUGAGGGCACUCUCGUGUGGAUCAGGGGUUCCCCACCGGAUGAUCCACCCACGGGCAUCCCAGUUCUGGUUUGUGGGACUCAGUGGAGAGUGAGGGUCCUGGUAGAACAGACCCUAUGUGAAAUGAGGGUCUUAGCUGGGUCCACAGAGAUUGAGGGUCCUAAGUUGUGGGGCGUCACGGAGGGUUAGGGUCCCCACUGAACCGACCCUAGGGGUAUGAGAGUGACAUGAGGGUCUGAGCUACAGUUCUGACUUGUGGGGUUCCACGGAGGGUGAAGGUCCCACUGAACCGACACUGUGGGACAUGAGGAUCUUAGCUGGAGUUCACAGAGGAUGGGGGUCCUGACUUGUAGGACGCCACGGAGGGUGAGGGUCUUGACCUGACGAACCCUGUAGUAUAUGAAGAUCAGGCCUGGGGUUCACAGACGACUCAGGUCCUGACUUACGGAGCCCCUUGGAGAGACGAGAUCCUCAGCGAACAGACCCAAUAGAACAUGAGGGUCUUGGCUGAGGUCCCCUUGUAGGCUGCGGGGUUCUGACUUUUUCCUUAGAGACAGGGUCCUCACCAAAUGGGCAGCAUAGGAUUUGAAGUUCUUGACUGAGGACCACAGAAGGCGGGGGUCCUGAUUGAUGGGGGGGGGGUCUCGUGGAGAAAGGGGUCCAGGGAGAAGGGACAGGAUCCUAAUUGACGCAGCCGGGAGUCCCGGGACAGGCUCAGGUGUGUUGGAUGCAAGGGGAGAAGUCCUAUCCCCCGGGCCGGGCCGGGGGGCGGUGCCUGGCUGCGGAAGGCGGUGCCUGGCGGCGGGUGGGGCGGUGCGCAGUUGCCCGGCGGCUGACGGCCGGAUGCACCCGAGCCGGGGGCCGGGGAAGCACCCGCGGAGCCAUGGAGCUGCUGUCGGCGCUGAGUCUGGGCGAGCUGGCUCUCAGCUUCUCACGGGUGCAGCUCUUCCCGGUCUUCGACCUCAGCUACUUCAUCGUCUCUAUCAUCUAUCUGAAAUAUGAGCCAGGAGCUGUGGAGCUGUCCCGCCGCCACCCAGUGGCAUCCUGGCUAUGCGCCAUGCUACACUGUUUUGGGAGUUAUAUCCUGGCUGACCUGCUCCUUGGGGAGCCUGUCAUUGAUUACUUCAGCAAUAACUCCAGUGUCCUGCUGGCUUCUGCAGUGUGGUACUUGAUUUUCUUCUGUCCCCUGGACCUCUUCUACAAGUGUGUCUGCUUCCUGCCUGUGAAACUCAUCUUUGUGGCCAUGAAGGAGGUGGUGAGGGUCCGCAAGAUCGCCGUGGGCAUCCAUCAUGCACAUCAUCACUACCACCAUGGGUGGUUUGUCAUGAUCGCCACUGGGUGGGUCAAAGGCUCUGGUGUUGCACUCCUGUCCAAUCUGGAGCAGCUGCUUCGAGGGAUCUGGAAGCCAGAGAACAAUGAGAUCCUGCACAUGUCCUUCCCCACAAAGGCCAGUCUAUACGGCGCCAUCCUGUUCACCCUGCAGCAGACCCGAUGGCUCCCGGUGUCCAAGGCCAACCUCAUCUUCAUUUUCACCAUGUUCAUGGUGUCCUGUAAGGUGUUCCUGACGGCCACACACUCUCACAGUUCUCCAUUUGAUAUCCUGGAGGGUUACAUCUGCCCAGUGCUGUUUGGGGCAGUUUGGGGGGAUGACCAUCACCAUGACAACCAUGGAGCACCCCAUGGAGGUGGGCUGGGUGCGCAGCACUCUGCCCUACCAGCCAAGUGCAAGGAGGAGCUGAGCGAAGGUUCCAGAAAGAAGAAGACAAAGAAGGCCGAUUAGCGGGCAGCCUGAGGGCCUGGUGGGGGUGCUGGGGAGAAUGACUCAGUCUCAGGGAACCUCGGAACUUAGGGGCAGCCAGGGCCCAGAGUUCCCCACUGGCCUUCCCCAUCUGCAGUUCAGAGCCACCAGCCUGUCUCAGGGCUGCUUGCAGGGGUUAAAUGAGAUUCGAGGAUGGAGGAGCUGGGUAGGAACUGACAGCCCUGCUCUCUGCCAGAGCCCUUAGAAAGUCGAAACCUUUCGGGGGGACACACAGCCCUGGAGCACCCAUGGUCCAAAGCCCUGCCAGGUGGUUUUGUUUCUUAAUUCUUUCAAAUUUUAUCUUGUGACAAAAAACUUCAAGCCCCAUGGAGAUUCACUCAACAUCCAAUGCCUCCUGAGCACCAGGGGCUGGGGUUCUAGUCAGGGCUACCUAGGAUCUCUUCUCAGCAUCCCUAGAAUUCCAUGGCUCCUGCUGGGCAUCUUUGGGCAACUUGCCUCCCUUCUCUGAGCCUUGUGUCCCUUCUGUAGUGUGGAGACCCUGGGUCCUCCUGUGUAGAGUAGUACUGAUAAUGUCAGAGAGUUUUCUAAUAGCAGUUGUCACGAGGGGACACUGGAGCUCAGAGAACCUCACAAGUUACCCAGCCCAGCAGACACAUCUCAGGCAGUCUAAAGAGUCAAGAAGGUUUGCAAGUGUGUCCACAAGCCAGAGAUGUGGCCACUUGCAUGAAGGCCCAAGGGUCCAAGAUCCAACAGCUCUGAGUCCUCACAGUUGAGCCCCAGAGCAUCAAGUGUCCCUCGUGCCAGAUCAGCAUUGUGUAUUCAGUCUGAUCCAUGCUUGUAGAGUGCUGCUGGGGAGGGCCUGGAACUUGUAUAGGGCAUGUGGCCAGAGUCACCAGGCCAUCUGAAUGAGGUAAGUGGAUGGGCAUGGCCAGUCUCAGGUUUGUGUCAGGCACAGAUCCAGUUGGGAUUCCCCAGUGCUGCCUGUUUAUUGAGAAAGUGCCUUCUUCCAGCACUGCCCGGAGGUAGGGUGGGUCCUGAGGCUGGAGACCCUUGGUUUCAUCUGUGUGUCUGUCAAAGCUCAGCGUGAGUUGUCAGUCAAUAAAUCCACUUCAAGUAAA